AUGAUUGGUAAAGAAGUGAACGAAACUGAUGCUAGCGAAGUGUCACCAUCGUUACGCACACAAAAAGACCGCAAAUCAGUGGGUAGUCACUCGAGACAUGCAUUCAGCAGUGUAGAAAGAGACCGUCGAAUGUUGAAUGCAAUUCAGUCAACAUUGAGAGCCGAACGAUCACCGAAUAAACCAGUAGCACUACAUGAGAAAUGUGAUAAUGAUGAGACGCACAAUGUCGGCUCUGUACCGACAAACGCUCAGGAAAUUAUCGAAAAAAUGACAGCGAUGACUAUUGAUAAACAAACACCCGCACAAGAUAUACGCCGACUGUUAUUAGCGCGUGACGUGCAGAAAUUAGGCGAUGAAACAUGGGCACAGUUGGGAAAUUUGCUCGCCGAUGUGGCACUGGAGGAAAAUGGUGCACACUUGGCAGUUGAUAUGACUGUACUCGUUGUAGGUACAGUUGUCUUUUAUACUGUCUCUCAUAUUCUCAAAAAUCACAGAAGUUUUCAAAAGUCAUUCUCCGAACGUAUCAGUUCAGAGAUGUCAUCCUAUGUUCUAUGUCCUGAAAUUGCAAAAUCAUCUUUACCUGAACUAGUCGCAUUAUUACUCGUCGCCUCUUGGCCACGACCGCACUCUCGUAGUAGUGAUGAUUCAAAUCAAAUACUUUACACGAUUAUUUCAUCUAUAAAAGAUUGGCUUGUCACCCUCACUGAUGAGGUGGAAGACGAUAUUGAAAUGAUGUCUCGGUGUGCUAUAGGCAUCGGCGAAAUAUGUCGAUUGGCGCGAUAUCGCUUCUGGAUGCAGUGGCCUGAACUUGUUGACGAAAUAUAUGUGGCUAUAAAUAAAGUACUCACCUCGAAUGUACCGUUAACUCAAGAAUCGAAAACGUCGUUACUGAAUGUGUAUGUUCAAAUGCAUUCAUGGAAACCGCGAACUGCAAAGUCAACUCUGAACGCCUGCACACAGACGACAUUUUCAUGA